AUGCUUCGUCGUGGAGGUAUGGAGCUACAUAAAUGGGUGUCCAAUCAUCCUGAGCUGCUGCAUGAUAUUUCAACACAGGAAUAUUCCUUUGAAUCUCAAGAAAGUGUAGUGAAGACGCUAGGAAUGCUCUGGAAACCGAAGGAUGAUCACUUGACUUUCAAAACAGCUGUGAACAAUCAAGAUAGCUUUACUAAACGUCAGGUGUUAUCUGAAAUAGCUAAGCUUUUUGAUCCAUUGGGUCUCAUCGGACCCGUAGUAACGAGGGCAAAAAUAUUCAUGCAGAGACUAUGGCUGCUGAAACUGGACUGGAACGAGGAAUUACCUCCCAAGGAGUUGUGUGAAUGGAAAAAAUUCCUUUCCCAGCUUCAGUUAAUCGAUCAAUUGAAUAUUCCCAGAUAUGUUUUAACUGAACAUUCCGUUAGAACUGAGAUCCAUGGGUUCUCGGACGCUUCGGAAAAGGCUUAUGGUGCAGCUAUUUACAUCCGUUGUAUUACCACUGAUGGAAUGAAUUAUUCCAAUCUCCUUUGUAGCAAAUCCAGAGUUUCUCCUAUAAAGCCUGUUACAAUUCCACGUCUUGAAUUGUGUGGAGCAUUACUUCUGUGUAGGCUUGUGUCAAAGGUAAUAACAGCUCUGCAGCUAAGUAUCGAUGAUGUUUAUUUGUGGUGUGAUUCUACUAUUGUUCUAGCAUGGAUAAACACGCCUGCGUACAAGCUCAAAACUUUUGUGAGCAAUCGAAUUGCUGAAAUUCAAAACUUGAGUCACCAAUUCAAAUGGGGUCAUGUUGCCUCAAAGGAAAAUCCAGCGGAUAUAAUAUCCCGAGGAGCAGACACUAGUGAACUUUUGGCUAAUUCCUUGUGGUGGUCAGGUCCUGAGUUCCUCAAUCAGCAACUUCCAUUUCCAGAAUGCAUUUCUUAUUCGUCGGACGAGGAGUAUGAGAAAGAACUGAAACAAUCAUCAAUUCCAGUUCUGACUUUGACAAUGAAUGAACAUUUUAUAGACUCUUUUUUAAAACUUUCCAAUAAUUUUCCUAAGCUAAUCAGAAUUCUCAGUUUUAUUUUCAGGUUUAUCUUAAAUUGUAAAUCCCAGGAUAAGAUGCAGGGAUAUUUAACUAUAGAUGAGAUGAAAAAGGCUGAGGAGUUUCUUAUACGGCAUGCCCAAUUAACUGCCUUUAAUUCGGAAAUUACAGCUCUUCGACGAGGUAAACCUAUUCCUGCACAAAGUAAGUUAAAAGGUCUUGACCCUUUUCUAGAUGAGAAUUCUCUUUUAAGAGUUGGAGGAAGAUUAAAAAACUCAAAUUUAUUAUUUGAUUGUAAACACUAG